CUCCUCCUCCUCGUCCGAGUCUCAGAGACCCUCCCUUCUUUUUUCUUCUUCUUCUCAGUCGAUUGAUCCCUGGCGCCUCCUCCUCUUCGAGUCUCAAGACUCUCGCCUCUUUCUUCUUCUUCUUCUUCUCAGUCGAUUGAUCCCUAGUGCCCCCUCCUCUUCGAGUCUCAGAGACUCUCGCCGCCUUCUCUUCGAAGCCUCAAGCCACACGCAUCCCAGGAGAAUGUCAGCAUAUGAGAAUGUCGUUGGUGGAAAGCUGAAACUAAAGGGAAAGGCCCUGGAUGUGAAAGCUGGUGGGAUGAAGAAAAAGAAGAAAAACAAAAAACACUACGACCAAGUUUCUCUAGUUACAGAAACUGAGCUUUCAGAAGGUGGUGCGGGAAAGUUGACUGAUGCUGACCAGGAAGAGACUAACGAUGCCAACAAAUCAAAUGGAGAAGGAAAUAAUACUUCGUAUAACGAUCAUCUCACCCCUGCUGAGAGACGCUAUAUGGAGCAAAGGGAGCAAAUUGACAGGUAUAAGCUGGCCAAGACAGCUAAUAAGUCUCACCGUGAUCGGAUUGAGGAUUUCAACCAGUACUUGGCAAAUAUGAGCGAGCAUUAUGACAUUCCUAAAGUUGGGCCUGGCUGAAUGUGGGAAAAAUACAAGACUGAUGCCCAGCGCAUAAAACUUGUCCUUUGUUAUUGACAGUUGAAUGUUUUCUUCUGUAUGCUGCCACUCUCACCCCAAAACAUUAAGAGGCACUGUUUGUGUGUUCAAACGUUUAGCUAUUGUGGUCGUCUAAUAUCUAUGUCUCUAUUAAUUUUCUUCCAGAAAAGUUAAUUAAACCACCCACUCUCUGUAAAUUAUCCUUGUAUGACAGUUCCUGGUAGUACUUGUUGGCCUUUUGUUUAUUAUUGUUGGGCCUUUUGAUUAAUUAUCGUUGAGCCUUUUGGACGUGGUAGAGGGGUAAGAUUGAUGUAGCACACUGCAAUUAAAGCAGGG